GAGAAAGAAGAGCAUGCACACAUUCACUUCCGAAGUGAUUAACAGUUCCAAAGGCUGAUGGCUUACUACGGUCAAAAUCCUCCUAUGUCUGGGCCUCCUCCUCCUCCCAUGGGGUAUCCUCCACCAGGUUAUCAAGGACCUCCUCCUCCGCAACCUCAAGCUUUUGCCACCCAGGCUCCGCCGGCGCAAGGACAGAGCUCAGGAGCUGCUACUGGUGCAAUGGCGGGAUGCCUUGGCGCGUUGGGAUGCCUUUGUUGUCUAGAAUUGUGCUGCUGCAUGGAGUGCUUGGACGCGUGUUGUUGAUCUUCAUCAGAAAUCCUGCAAUCAAUCCUUAAACAUUUCCUUCCCUUUUUUUUUCUUUCUCUUUUAACUUAUAUGUGGAACUUUAAAUUUGGUGUUCUUCUCUCUUUUUAGAAUAGAACUCAGUAUAAAAAAGUUGUGGUUUGCAACUUUUAAUUUUCUUCUUCA